GAGCAGGUCGCGUUAGUUUCGGAGGAGUGAGGAGGGGUGGAGGGCGGUGGUUAUUGUGCCCUAUUUGUGCAGCAGCGUUGGCGUGGUAGGGGACGUGGUGAUGGUAUCUUGGGCUUUCUCAUUUCAUGCUGUUGGGGGUAAGCGGUCGACCACAAUGCCAAUCCCAUUCAUGGCAUACAGUUUAGCGGGCUGUGCCAGUCUAUUACAUUUAGAUGAUCUGGACUGCCUGCAUACACCCGCAAAGGUUGUAUUCCAUGGCUGGAGGACGCGUGUGUGUCUUCCUCUACUUGCUGUCACGGCACCGGGUUUAUCGGGAGUGGUGGACAUGUCUUGAGCUCGCUCGGCUGUUAGUGGCGGGCGGUCACAUUGCUAAUCCCAUCCAUGGCAUGCAGUUUAGUGGGUGAUUAUGCCCGUCCGCUA